ACAGACUAUCAGUCUUCGCUGGAUCAUUGACUACUUAUCAAUCCUCGUGUCAGUGCCUGCUCGCUCACUCUGGAAAUUCUGCUGAUCCUGUUCUCUGCUUACCACGCCAUCCCACACUGCUGCCAUUUGGACUCACCUGUUCGCUCACUCACCUGCUUUGCCUCCCCUCAUCUCCCCGGAUUCCCUCCAGCACCGCGGUCCUCUCCACCCACUCCCACCUGUCGUUCCAUCCCUGUUUCCCUGGACAUUCCUGCCCUCGCAUAUCUCACGAUUGCACUGUAAAUAAACUUGCACUUUUGUUCACAUCAGCUACCGCCUGUUUGUCCUCUCCUUCCCUGGGUCGUGACAGACAUGUGCUUUAUAUGUUUGCUGAAGCACUAAAUUGUCUCGCAGACCUUUUGCAAUAAUUACCUGGAAGCCGAGACGAUUCAAGGAAAGAGAAAAAACUUUAACAUCACGUUAAAAUAACCUCCCCCACAAAGUACCAGGUAAACUGGUCACAAUACAAUGCUGCAACGUGAAAUGAGGAUUGUUUUCUGAUCAUGAAGAUCCCAGUUUGUAAAGAGCAGGUCUUCGCGAGCCUUCCAAAGCAUCGUUACAUCUUCCUGCUCUUCACUGUCUUUGUCUCGAUCCUGAUUAUUUACCUCACGGACAUCAUGGAGUUUUGGAAUAAAUUGAACAUCACAAUCAUCAUCUCAGGAGCUACCCCUGUCACUCCACCUAUUGACAGGCAUUAUAACUUCUGCAAGUUAAAACCACUGCCCCCAAAAGAGGCUCUUGAAGAACAACUCCUGCUAGAGUCCAUCGCUUGGCCUGAAACUCCGCCAUUACCGUCAUCUCUUUCUCUGAAUAAGACCAGUGAUCCAGCCCACAGUACCUUCACCAUUCUUCCAAGGAGGGGAGGGGGACAGUGGUACAUAGGUGAUAAACUGGAAGUUAUGAUCAAAAUGUAUGACUUCCAGGGCCAUCCAAAGAAGUCCGGGGGAGAUGUAUUAUUUGCCCGGUUACACAACUUAAAUCUUAGCGCAGGUGUGGCAGGGAAAGUGACAGAUUACCUCAAUGGUACCUACUCUGCUGUAUUCUCUUUACUCUGGGAGGGAAGUGCGCAGGUUGAGGUGACACUGGUUCAUCCCAGCGAGGCAGUCACAGAGAUGCGCAGGCUGAACAUAGAACAGCCUGACAGAAUUUUUCUCAAGAGCCAGUUCCGUUCAGGCUCAGUCAAAAAAACUACCAUCUGCAGCGUAUGUUUACGUCCAUCUGAGCAGCCUGUGUGCAACUACACUGACCUCCGUACAGGUGAGCCGUGGUUCUGUUACAAGCCCGAGAACAUGAGUUGUAAUGCGAGAAUCACGAACUUCAAUGGAGGAUAUAAAAAAAAUCUGACAACCAUGCAGACGCUUUUUCAAAGGCAUGUUAAUAUGAAAGUUUCCAUUUUGGGUUCAGAACCUGCCAAUAUCAUAGUUUUCCCAAAACAGAAAGGUGAGUCAGAGGUAAGCAGCAGCAGUGUGGAGUCUGGACCCUCUGGCUAUUACUACAAGGGUGUGUGGCGAGCACUAGAUGGCACCACAGUUCAUCAAUUCAACACUUCCUCAGCCAUGAUACAAUGUCUUAAAGGAAAGGUGGUUCAUAUGUAUGGAGACUCCACCAUGAGGCAGUGGUUUGAAUACCUUAAUGCAUCACUACCAGAUCUGAAGGCAUUUAACCUGCAUAGCUCGAAAUCAAUUGGACCUUUGAUGUCCCUGGAUUAUGCAAACAACAUCUUGGUGACAUACCGCACCCACGGUCCUCCUCUACGGACUGUCAUUGUCCCAGCCAUCGAGCUGCAUUAUAUUGCUAAUGAGCUAGAUGAGGUGGUUGGAGGAAACGACACCAUCGUAGUAUUUGCCAUCUGGGCACACUUUGCCAAUUUCCCUAUUGAGGUCUAUAUUCGUCGGCUGCAGACCAUACGCAGAGCAGUGGUGCAGCUGCUGUCCAGGGCUCCAGCCACAGUGGUUGUCAUUCGGACUGGAAAUCCCAAAUCCUGUACAUCUUCUGGUGCAUUGACCAAUAGUGACUGGUACUCUUUGCAGCGGGACAAGGUGCUCAGGGCCACAUUCAAAGGAUUAAAUGUCCAUCUGGUAGAUGCCUGGGAGAUGGUCCUGGCCCACCACCUGCAACAUGAGCUCCAUCCACAACCUCCUAUUAUCAAGAACAUGAUUAAUGUUCUUUUGUCCUACAUAUGCCCUCAAAAGGGUGACUAAGUAGACACUCACAUUCAGUUCUCAUCUAUGUCCUGUCUGCUUCACUUUUCACAGGAGUAGUUUAUGUAGAUAUAUCAACUAAAU